AUGGCAGCUACACCUACAGAUUGGCAACUGGAAUGCACAGAGCUGAAGCAAAGAGGUGCUUACCUGUUACAAACUGGCCAAUGGUCUGACUGCAACUUUUUGGUGGGCACAGAACCUAACCAAGUGGUGUUAGCAGGUCAUAAGCUAAUCCUCGCCAUGGCCUCGCCAGUAUUCGAAGCUAUGUUUUACGGUGGAAUGGCGGAACGGAAUGAACCGAUACCUAUUGUUGAUGUACAGAUAGAUGCUUUCAAGGCUCUUUUGGAAUAUAUUUACACAGGCAACAUUAACAUAAGCUCAUUUGAUAAGGCCUGCGAACUGUGCUAUGGUGCCAAGAAGUAUAUGUUGCCCCAUCUUGUCAAGGAAUGCACAAAAUAUCUCUGGUCAGAUCUUUAUCCAAGGAACGCUUGCAGGGCUUAUGAAUUUGCAAGGUUGUUUGAGGAAAAUGUCUUGAUGGAGAAAUGCUUGCAGAUUAUAAGUAUGAACACCAAAGAGGUAUUAAAUGACUGUAGUUUUGAGGAUGUGGAAAUAAAUACAGUUAUAACUGUCUUCUCUUUGGAUCAUCUGAACGUGGAUAGUGAACUUGACUUAUUUGAAGCAGCAGUAAGAUACGCAAAUACUCUGGAGAGGAGAGCCUCCCUCCUUCCCAAUACAGAUGACCCAUCUCCAUUGGAGAAACGAAAAAGCCCAACUCCCUCCACAUCGCAUGAAAAAGAACAGGUGGUGAAUGUGGAAAGUAGUGCGGAGAGCAGCCCCGAAGCCGUGAUGGAGACCAGCCGGGAGCCCGAGCAAACCACGACCCCCAGCGAGCCUGCCAAGAAGCCUGCCAGCGACAGCAGGGAUAACAAAGAAAAAGUGACAAUACGCAAAGCGGUGGAGAAGAUCCGAUUCCUCACACUGUCACCGCAGCAGUUCGCAGCCGGGCCCGCGAGGUCGCCUCUACUGAGCGAGUCGGAAGCUUUCGCGGUUCUGAUGAAUAUAUUGUCCUCAGUGACUGAUGUCGCGAUGCCCGAGGGCUUCUCAAUGUGCAGGGAACCGAGGAAACAGCUAUUUGGAGGCGGCUCAUCCAGUAAUAUGCCGACGUUCACGGUGGACACUCCCAGCCCGGUGACGGUGGACCAGUGCGAGGUGUCCCGCUUGCCGCAGCCCUGUGUGACCACCACCUACCCGCGCCCCACGAGGCAGGAGGGUGUCCGCCUGCCGUCGUCCAUCCACAACCCCGUGUCGGGCGUGGGCGUGCUGGAGCACAUGGAGCGACACGGCGACCAACACAAGAUCUACUGCCAGCGCGCCAUCGUACAGCACACCGACUGCCUCAACACCAGCGGGCUCGACUGCUCCGUCACCUUCAUGGUGGACAAGAACAUCUGCCUGCUGGGCGUGCAGGUGCCGACGCAGGCGCCGAGCUUGGAGAACGGUGUCACCGCGAUCGGCACGGGCUACUCCGAGCUGCUGUACGCACACCUGCUGGACGCGGACGGCGCGCGCCUCACCUACACGCACUACACAAACCGCGUGCCGUACCGCCACCUGCUCGACAUCAUGUUCAACCGGCCCGUGUACAUCCAGCGGAACAAGGUGUACAAGGUGGGCAUCGUGUUCAACAAGGUGGGCUGGUACCCCAUGGGCUCGUGCGCGCAGCAAGUGGCCGCCGAGUCCGUGUUCUUCAACUUCGGCAUCGGCCACAGCAGCGACUCCGUGCGCGACGGCCUCAUACGCUCCAUCAUAUUCACGUACUAGACAAGCACCAAAGAGACGCGGAUCUACGUUCAAAAAUUAAACGAAGAUGUUUAACUUAUUACCGUUUACUCUUUCGAUUUAGGUGAGGGAACGUAACUAAUUACCCAUAGUAAAUAACCUUUUUUUUUUUAAUUUUUGUAUCCCCCUCCACCCUGUGUCUGUGACCAAGACACCCAGUGUCGUGCACUGGGUUUCUUACCAUGGUAUGCUUACAGCAGGAAAAUUGCAUCAAAUGGCAAAAAUCCUCCUCCUAUACGAGCUAUGUAUCAAUUUUAGGGUAGGCAGGGAUUUUGCGCAUGUAUGAAGUGCACGCCACUGAAGACACCACCCUCUCCCUCUUAUCAUAGUAGUAAUAUUUUUCACAUAGUUAUUCCCACACCUACUGCGUGACUGCGUGAAGUUUUUUGUAUUCCCUCUCUUACUCUCCGGUCCUCCCCCACCUUCUCCGCCCCUUGAUGCCCCCUCCGUCCUUCCACCGGUCCAACCGUAGUAUACUAUGACAAGACUAUCCUCCACACUCCACACACCUUUGAAAAGAUUAUGGAGAACUCUCAGGCAUGCAGGUUGCCUCACGACUGAAGCAAGUGAUAUUGUAAUUGCUUAAAACACACA